AUGCAGUUUGCGCAUGCAUCGCGUGGAGCGAGCGUCGCCGAUCGUGUUGUUGAUCUCGUCAUGAACGAUCUGCUGUAUAUCAAGAACUGGCGGGAUGUGCAGCGAUAUCAUCAUUCCGGACUCGACCUGCCGUACGCAUUGGGACGACCAGCAGCAGAUGCGCCACUGUCGCCAGUCGUUGCGCUCCAUGCCGCAGCGCCAGUCAGCAUUGACUACGUUGUGCAGCUGUUCCGUGGCCUCGGCAGUGGCGGAUGUGCCGCAGCAGCAGGCGCACAGUCAGGCUCCACCAAUGCUCCCGCCAUAGUAGCGACUGAAUCUGCCGCCUCAAGCUCAAAGAUUUACAUUGCGUUUGUCGACGCAGAUGCAUCAAUCGCGUACUAUGUCUUUUCGGCUGGGUUGGAGACAUCUGUGACAGACGAACACCGGUGGAUGAGGCUUGACCAAGCUUGA